AUGCUAAUCCGAAGGUUUUGUGCCUCUAUCCCCCAUUUCAAUCUCAGCCCAGUUUCUCUUACGAAAAAACCCGCCAACCAUCUCGUCGUCUUCAACAAAUUCACUCCACGAACACUAAAUUCCCAAAACCCCAAGUCAAUUUGUAGUAUGGGUGAAUCCCGGAGACCCGCAGCCGUCCCAAUUCCGGCAGUGGAAACCGCCGACCGAAUGGAGUUGUACCGCGCUCUGGAAACAUCUGUAGGUUCAUCGUUCAGUUUAGAGCCAUUAGCUCCAAAGCCAAGACCUCUGAUCGUAGUAAUCAGUGGGCCUAGUGGUGUGGGGAAAGACUGUUUGAUAAAAAGACUGAGAGAAGUUCGAGAAAACAUCCACUUUGUUGUUACAGCAACGAGCAGGCCUAUGAGAGAAGGUGAAGUUAAUGGAAAAGAUUACUUUUUUGUUAGUAAAGAAGAGUUCUUAACAAUGGUAGAAAACGAUGAGCUUUUAGAGUAUGCAUUAGUGUAUGGGGAUUACAAAGGGAUACCAAAACAGCAGAUUAGGGAUUACAUGGCAAAAGGGCAUGACAUUAUAUUGAGAGUAGACAUACAGGGUGCUGCUACUUUAAGAAAGAUUCUUGGGGAUUCUGCUGUGUUCUUGUUUCUUGUGGCUGAAAGUGAGAGUGAGUUGGUGAUGAGGUUGAUUGACAGGAAGACAGAGAGUAAGGAAGCAUUGCUGGUGAGGGUUGCUACAGCUAAAGAAGAGUUGAAGCAGAUGAAGAAUUUUGAUUAUGUGGUUGUGAAUGCUGAAGGGAAGUUAGAGAAUUGUGUUAAAAUGGUGGAGUCGAUCAUGGAUGCAGAAAAAGCUAAAGUGUGGCAAAAGAGAGCAAUGAUGUAG